CCCCAAGGCAUGAAUAUUAAAGUGCAGCCCGCUUCUGAAGAUCACCCCCUCUCCAAGAACUAAGAGCCAAAAUCUUAACAUCAUAUUCAAUAUGACCAUGACAACUACCACAGGAGAGCAUAUUCGAGGGAAUGAGUUUGCUCCAGCCCUUGAGAACGUCCAGCACCCUCGCGCGACCGCACAAGAUUUACCCAGGGACACCUACUGCGAACGCGACUCAGAUAAUGAAUCUGACACCUCUGACAAUGAGGAUGGCUCUGUUGAGCCGGCAACUUCCACACCGGGUAGUAAUGGCGGUAAAAGAUCAAAAAGCUGGAAGAAGUGGGCCUACAAAAAUUUGAUGAAAACAGUCUCUGCUGCCAAAGGAGCAGCAUCAAAGCCCGUCGUUAGUUUCGUCAAGGAGUAUCUAAAAGGAACCAAGCUGAUUUUCGUGGUCGGCCAAACGGGAACGGGGAAGUCAACCAUCCUACGUGAGCUGACUGGAUUGGAUUUGAAGAUAGGGUAUACUUGGAAAUCAGGUACCCGAAAGUACGAAAUAUGUCCGGCUAUCAUUGACGGGGAACAAUACAUCUUCGUGGAUACGGCCGGGUUUGGUGCCUCAGAUAUGGACGAUACAGCCAGUUACGAAGAUAUCAUGAGCUGUUUACAGGCUCUUGGUCCCUUUGUCACAGUUGCCGGGCUUAUCUUCCUCUACGGCAAGAUAGAAAACCGACUGAGAACCGAGGACCUGAAGACCAUCCAAUGGGUCCAAUGUUUUUGUGGCCCGGAAUUCUUCCAAAAUAUUAUAAUCAUGACCAACAAGUGGGAUUCAUGGAGUCCAGAUGAUUUUGAAGAGGCUUGGGAGAGGGUCCCAGAACUUCUCCAUCACGAGGAGUUAAACCAGAUCCUAGAUCCACCGGGUCGCUACUCUGGAGGCACAGUGUAUCAUCACGGCUUUCCAGAAGGCAAAGGAUCUGUCGAUAGCUACGGACUCGUCCUAAACAGAAGGCGUCAUUCCCAAAAAAGGGGUAAGGAACUUAGACGGUUGGUCCGGCAACACUACGCAAAGACGAAAGAGAUAAAGCUGCAGGUUGUUCAAGAGCUCGAAAGUGGCAUCCCAAUGGCAGAAACGGAGGCAGCUAAAGUGCUGAGGGUGGACCCGGUGAAGACUAGAAUCAGAAUUGAAGGAGAUCGCGCCGUCGUCCCAGUCAAAUUCGGCCCCCCCUUAACUCCAAGUCUUACUACAAAAGACUUACCAACAUCACCUACUGGACAGUUGCAGGUACAACCCCCACCAUCAGUCGAGUCUACUCCAAGCAUCCCCAAUUCCCAGCAUUUCACCCCAAAGCAUCCUAUCUCAGAAUCCCCACCCAUCGAGGAGGCAACGGGCACAGGGCCAGAACCACCCAAGACAUGGUGGGGGAAAGUCCUCGAAUGGUUUAAUAUCGGCUGGCAUAUCGCUAAAUUUUUCAAGGGAUUUUAGAAAUAAUAGGGUACUAUUCCCCUCGCUUGAUAAUGUGUGAAUGAAGCAUCAGUUUUGGUCAUUGAAUAUAUUACUUGGGCAAGGAACUAUGUUAACAACACUGCGUACCUGAAUAUUAAAUUGUUGAUGCUUGCUUGGUGGAUUUCCAUAUUAGGUUUCACUUUUAACCAAGACCGUCUUUACUUCA